CAAACUAACUCACUCCUCUCUGUACCUUCAGCCUCCAUCCACCUCUUCACAUUAACCCCUCAGCUGCAGCUUGACACCCAGACUGAGCGCCACCACCACCACCACUAACACCAUGCUCUGGAAAUCCCGAACCAAGACCGACAUUUUGCAGGACCGCGCAGACGGACUAAGCGGCUCUUCGCCGAGUGGGCGCCUCUCCCAGUUGUCCUCCCUAAACCAGGCCGCCUACUCCUCGGCUCCCCCGCUCUGCCACACUCCGGCCUCUGACUUCCAGCCUCCCUACUUCCCUCCCCCCUAUCCCCAGUCCUCCCUGCCAUACUCCCAGAGCCAGGACUCAGCGUAUUCCCACCUGUCAGACCCAUACCCCUCCAUCAACUCUAUCCACCAGCAUCAGCAAGCGGCAUGGCACUCGCAGAGGUCGCGCUCCGAGGAUGGGGGGCUCCUGUCACAGUCUCACCGGGCUCUGAGCCUCGACCCCCGGCGGGAGUAUCCAGCUGUUCCACGGCUGCUCCACGGUCUCGGCGAAGGGGCUGCAGCACUCGGGGACGGUCCUCUUGGGAUGCACCUGGGACAUCACGGCCUGGAGGAUCUUCAGGGAAUGGAGGAAGGAUCAGCCUUGGGCAUCCUCGACCACUCUGUCAUUAAAAAAGUUCCUAUCCCGUCCAAGCUGAAUGGUUCAUCCCUGUCAGCCUUGUCCAUCGGUAAGGAGGGUCUCGGCAUGGGAUCCGUGUCCAACCCGGCCGAGGUUUUCUGUUCGGUCCCGGGUCGCCUCUCGCUGCUCAGCUCCACCUCCAAAUACAAGGUGACGGUCGGGGAGGUGCAGCGACGCCUCUCCCCACCUGAGUGCCUCAACGCGUCUCUGCUGGGUGGAGUCCUCCGCAGGGCGAAGUCAAAGAAUGGUGGCCGCUGUCUGAGAGAGCGUCUGGAGAAGAUUGGCCUCAACCUGCCCGCCGGGCGACGCAAGGCAGCCAACGUCACUCUCCUAACAUCUCUAGUGGAGGGUGAGGCCGUCCAUCUGGCGCGGGACUUCGGUUAUGUGUGUGAGACAGAGUUUCCAGCCAGAGCCACAGCUGAGUAUCUGUGCAGGCAGAGCGAACCCGAGCAGCUCCCAACACGGCGCAGCAUGCUACUCGCCACCAAGGAGAUCUGUAAGGAGUUUGUGGACCUCAUGUCCCAGGACCGUUCUCCACUGGGCGGCAGUCGACCCACCCCCUGCCUGGAGCCCGGCGUCCAGGGAAGCCUCACCCAUUUCAGCCUGCUCACCCACGGCUUCGGAGCCCCUGCCAUCUGCGCUGCCCUCUCCGCCUUCCAGAGCUACCUGAUGGAGGCGAUCAAAAUGCUGGACAAAGGAGAGGGCGGAGGGAAGAGCCACCAUGACAAGGAGAUGAAGCACCGCAAAUAG